AUGGGAUCAACUGCUGCAUCGGCUACUUUUCAUGCGUAUGGUCAACUUAUUCGUACACCUUCUAUUCAUCCGCUUAUUCGGACUCCCAGUUUACAUCCACAUGCGUCAGAGAGGAAAACUGGCAGAGAAGAUGGCGGUAGUAAAUGGAUUUUGGAACCAAUUUGGAAGUAUCGCAAUGAAACCACGAAACAACCUCUACAAUUUCUGGAAUCGAAUGGUUGA